CGGCGCGGCGCUUCCUUUGUGUGCGGGGCCCAGUCGCCGGCUGCGAGGAGGAAGAGGAGGGGAAGGCGCGGCCGCCAUUUUGUGCGCUCCCUCUUCCCCACCCCCUUCUCCCCGUCGCCGGUGAAGGUAGGCCUAGCGCCUCUGGGGGCCGAAGCGGAGGGCGAGGGCGGCGGCGAGGUGUCGCCAUGGAGAGCUCGCAGCUGUGCAAGCUGUUCAUCGGCGGCCUGAACGUGCAGACGACGGAGGCGGGCCUGCGGGAGUACUUCGAGGCCUACGGGACGCUGACGGACUGCGUGGUGGUGCUCAAUCCGCAGACCAAGCGCUCCCGCUGCUUCGGCUUCGUCACCUACUCGGCGGUGGAGGAGGCCGACGCCGCCAUGGCCGCUUCGCCGCACGCGGUGGACGGCAACGCGGUGGAGCUGAAGCGCGCCGUCUCCCGCGAGGACUCGGCGCGGCCGGGCGCCCACGCCAAGGUGAAGAAGCUCUUCGUGGGCGGCCUCAAGGGGGACCUGGCCGAGAGCGACCUGGUCCAGCACUUCAGCCAGUUCGGCCCCGUCGAGAAGGCCGAGAUCAUCGCCAACAAGCAGAGCGGCAAGAAGCGCGGCUUCGGCUUCGUCUACUUCCAGAGCCACGACGCCGCCGAUAAGGCCGCCGUGGUCAAGUUCCACCCCAUCCAGGGACACCGUGUCGAAGUCAAGAAGGCUGUGCCCAAGGAGGACAUCCAGGGCGGGAGUGGCGGAGGAGGCCCGGCGCGGUCGGGAUGGGGUGGGCGGGGCAGAGGAAGGGGCGGCGGAGGCAACCGGGACCACAACGGCCUCUCCAAAGGUGGUGGUGGCGGCGGCGGCGGAUAUAACAGCUAUGGAGGCUAUGGUGGAGGAGGUGGAGGCGGCUAUGGAUCAUAUGGAUCCUACGGCGGAGGGGGUGAUUAUGGCAACGGCUAUGGCGGCUUUGGAAGCUACAGCCAGCACCAGUCUUCUUAUGGCCCAAUGAAAGGCGGAGGGGGAGGAGGAGGUGGCGGCUGGGGCCCGCGAAGUAACAGUGGACCCUACCGAGGAGGUGGAGGCGGCGGUGGGUAUGGCGGAGGAGGAGGAGGCGGAUACGGCGGCUCUUUCUAAGCGGGAAUUUCCCUUCUACCGUUGUGAGGGGGAUGUCAUGUUUGGUUUGCAUGGAGUCUGCCCUCCGUUUGUCCCAGUUUUUUCAGCCCGUUCCCCGCCCUCUUCGCCUCAGGCACCUCCACGACCGUGUCUCCUUCGAGGCGCCCCUCCCUCUGCUGCGAAGAAGAAUGAACUGGGCCUGCCCCUCACACGACGGUUUUCGUUUCUCAAGUCAUUGAUGGACUCUAUUUUUUUAUUGCUUGGACAUUAGUAGUUUUUUAUACUAGGAAUACAAGAUACUGUUUUAAUUUGGAUUUAUUUCAGGGGGCGGGAGGGAGGGGGAAAGUUUGUGCUGGUUCUGGAGUCAAAUUUGGGUGGGAAUUCGGGGGGGUGGGUGGACGGGGGAAUUACCUUUUUAAGGACUUGGAUACCGACACCGUUUUUUUUCUACAGAAUUACACUUUGAUUCCAUGACUGUAAAAGGGGGGAGAUCGUUUUUACAUUUUUAUUUUUUAAAUAAAUCAUUGUGUUCAUUGAC